AUGGAUCGGGGAAAGAGCAACAUCUUUAUACCACAAGUCGUCGUCAACGGUCUCGCUUGCGGAACAGGAGGUGGUACCGACGAUGUGUAAAAUAUCGUCAGAACAGCUUGUCGGAUCUGCAAGUCGAUGUCUUGUGAUAUCAUCGUGGAUACGGAUGAUGUGGAACUUUGGGUUGAUUCGGAUCUUCCUCAGGCUGAGAGGGCGUGUGAUGUCGUGUUUGUUGGGUGUGAUCCUACUCCGAAGAUUGUGAAGGUCGAGAAGGGUACGAUUAAGGGCAGGAAGAUUGAGCAUCGUCAUGUGGUUUGGAAUGAGAAGAAGAUUGGGGAAUUGACUGGUAUAAAUUUGACGUUGCCUUUACCUGAGGUAGUGUUGAAGGGAGGUCAUUUUGGAACGGAGAUGGUUGCGAUUGUGCAAGCAAGACUGGAAGGACCGAUGGUUGCAUCUCAAAGAGUGUGA